UAUUGCCCCAAGUAUUGGCCCUACCCUCCUAAUCAUGUGAUUCAGGUGUUCCAAUCCCCUCCAUAUCAUGUGACUCAGGUGUUCCAAUCCCCUCCAUAUCAUGUGACUCAGGUGUUCCAAUCCCCUCCAUAUCAUGUGAUUCAGGUGUUCCAAUCCCCUCCAUAUCAUGUGACUCAGGUGUUCCAAUCCCCUCCAUAUCAUGUGAUUCAGGUGUUCCAAUCCCCUCCAUAUCAUGUGACUCAGGUGUUCCAAUCCCCUCCAUAUCAUGUGACUCAGGUGUUCCAAUCCCCUCCCAAUCAUGUGAUUCAGGUGUUCCAAUCCCCUCCCAGUCAUGUGAUUCAGGUGUUCCAAUCCCCUCCAUGGACACAGGUGUAUACAAUC